AGCACAGUGAGCCUCACAUCAGCAGGCAGAGCAGGAGAUACCUCAUCCCUGCUCUAACCCAGUCUCAUCCUACAUCCAGACCUGGCACAGUGUUCCCUGCAUCGUCAGUAACAGCAGUUGACGAGAGGAAGGUUACCGGAGACAAUCAGCCCUACACUGAGGCAAGCUGGACCUUGUGUCCAAUCUACAACCAUGCAACCAGCAGCAAUGCAGACAUUGCCUGUAUAAUUAUAUGCGCAAAUUUCUGUCAAUUACCGUGGUAACGGUAUGGGAGGCUGUGAUAUGUGCUAGUGCAAGAGUACAGCGUGAAGUGGCUGUUCAACAAGAGUGAGAGCACCUCACCUGGACUCGGUGUGUCAGCUACGAUGGAUCUUCAAAUGGGUAAUGGUGAAUUUUGUAUUUUCAGCUAACACCAUUGCCGCAGGACCUUGAGUGGAACAGACGAGAGGAGUACUGUUUGAGCUGAGUGAUUCUACAAGGCUUCUGCUUGCUUCUAGAAGCGGCCUUGGUGGCAGUGUUGUACGGAUUAUAAUCAGUUAAGGUGUGGAUGCAUACUUCGUGGAUUACCUGUGUUCUCGCUGAAGGUGUUAACAGUGCUUCGUUGUCAGAUCGGGCAGGAUGAGACAUGCACAUCCUGCGAGAUGAGUUGAAUCAUGGGAAAUAAGCUUUGCGCGCCCUUACUGAAACGGAGCUAUCGGAAUGACAACUACCCUUGGAACCUCAGGAAGGAUUCCCAUCUCCUCAGACUGUGGGCUGAUGUCUUCCGUGUCCAUGGAGACGGCGAGUACAUGCGAUGGCAGCGUGUGUCUGAUGACGUCGUCCCCAUCAACAUCACCUGCAUCGAAGACAACCCGAAUACUAUCUUUCAGAUAACUGCCUACAAUCGGCAGGUGGAGAAGAUCUUCGAUGUCAAAAUCAUACAACCAGGAACUAUCAUCUGCCCAGCCACCGAGUGUUUUGUUCACUGGAAGGAUACUACGAGCCAGUGCGAAUGGGGCCUUAACUUUCAAACACCUACCGAUGCUUGUAGAUUCAAGGAUUGCUGCUCUUUUCCCACUCAGAGAUUUGCACGGAAAGCCUCCUCUGCCAGCUCUCUGCGACUUAGUCCGCCAAAGAGGAUUCGCAGUAAAGGGGCUUCAGCUUCAUCUCCAAGCUCCCCAGUCCACCAGCGCCAAAACCCCCCCGACGGCGCCUCGCCAUCAUGUGACUACCCUGACGGGCCCGUGUCGCGAUGUAGCCCUGGGCGUCACCCCAUCCCCCACACAUGCCCCACCCCCGAGCGCGAGGUCCAUCAUAUGACGUCCUUCAAGCCCCCAGAUGACGUCAUGGACCGCAGCGGUUAUCGAUACUCCGCCAUGAUCAAACCGCCAUCAGAGAAUUCUAUGUAUGACAAUGUUACGGGUUCUAGUCUGCAGAGGUCUUCCGCAGCUCAAGACAAUAGAAUAUUACACAGGAAGUCUCUGCCAACAUGCUCAUCCGCCACGUCCUCUCCAGUUCGGAGUUUGGACGAAGGGCGUCCAGCUUCCGCUAUUUCUUCAAUCACUCUGGACACAUCGGGGAGUCCGUGCCAUUCCAAAGGUCAACAUAAUGUGGAAAUGUUUGGAAAUGGUGUUGUAAUUGUAGACCAUGUUAGUAUAGACUCGCCAAAACGAGACAAUGUGCAUAUAGAAACAGCUUUUGUAGGUGAUGUAGGCAGUGGAAGUAGUCGUCCUACUAGUAGCAUGUCGCAAGGAGCACGCUUGACGGUGGAUACAUCCGCACCAGGUGCGUCACGGAACACGUCUUCCUCUGAAUCUCCCGAAUGGCCUUCACCUCCAGAACCCCUAACCCCCCAGACUCCGUUGACUCCUUUAUACAACAUGGAGUUCGACAGCGACACCAUUCAACGCAUGCUUCGCUCGCUUCCUGCUUCUCCCGUCGAGAAGGAUGACCAGGGGUUCCACGAUGACCCCAACUUCCACGACGGUCCUGACCACCAGGGCUCCAGAAGAAUGAGCGGACUCACCAGGACGAAAAGUCUCAAUGUGCAUGAUCGCAAUUCCCGUCUUUCAAUGCGCACCAAGCCAAUGCCAGAAGAGCCAAUACACAUCCCGGUUACCAAACUCCCGGAAGUACCAAAGUCCAAACAGCUGGCCAAGAUCCUGAUAGAGCAAGAGCUCCUCCUGCGGAACCAGUGUGCUGCCAGCACCUACCCAGACAGCGGCAUUGGCGGCAUGGCCGGAGAGACAUCAGGGUCGCUUAUGUCCGAAGACAGUGGGCGCUUGGCACAGUUUAAAGGUCCAGGGCAUAACCAUGACCUUCAUACAAGGUCGUCUGGCGGCAGCAGUGGCGGCAGUCGCAGCAGCACACAUAGCGACAUCAUCAACCAGCUCGGAGAGGCGGGCGAUGUACGACAGUAUCUCACAGUUGAUAUAUCUGAAGAUGACGGCGGCGAGAGUGACACUGGCAGUAUAAACACCAUGACAGAGUCGGAGUCUCAGCUGUCUUAUGGCAGACAGGUCGGCGCCAUCAGGAAGGCAGGAUGGCUCGUAGUGAAGAACUGGCUUGUCCACAAAAAGAAGAAGAUAGAACUGGCGGCACGCCGGAACUGGAGGAGGUACUGGAUGUGCCUGAAGGGAACCACCUUGUUGUUCUUUGACUGUGAUGAGGGCAGCACCGUCAACCAGAACAGCGUUCCAAGACAUAUACUAGUUAUAGAAGGAGGGAUUGCCCAGGCCGUGCCCGAACACCCGAAACGAGACUUCAUCUUCUCGCUCAGCACGGCAUGUGGAGAUGCUUACUUGCUGCAGGCUUCUUCCCAAAAUGACCUUGAGAACUGGAUUCGAGCGAUCCAUUCAGCAUGUGCUUCAUCUUACGCUCGACAACAUGGGAAGGACAAUACACUCAAGCUCCUCAAGAGUGAACUCCUGAAGCUCGACUCAAAUGUAGAUACUGAUGUGAAAAUGAAGAAAAUGGCGGAGCUUCAGAUGACGGUUGUGUCUGACCCGCGGAGCCGGGUUGCGAUUGUGAAGCAGAUCGCCCAGUGGGAGGAGAACCUGGAGAAGCUGUACAUCGAGCAGUACCGCUUCCGCUGCUACGUGGCCUCCCUGCAGGGGACAGAACUCCCCAAUCCCAAGGUGCUCCUUGCCAAUGCUUCGAAGGCCACAAAGACCACUCUUGGCCGUCUGGGGAUCUUCACGGUGACGUCGUUCCAUGCCCUGGUCUGUGCCAGGAAACCUCUGAUACUGCCAAACAUCUACGGGAAGGGGGCUCAGAAGGGAGGCAUGUUGUCCCCCAAAACUGACACUCUUCAGAAACCAAGGUCAAGGACACCCACAGCUCUGAUGGGCGCUGGCGUCAGCACAGAAGCUGUGUUUAAAACGGGUAACAGCGAGCGUCUCCUGUCAGACUCUAUGGACAACUUGACAGAGAAGUCACUCUGUGACAGCAGCCAGGGUACAGAGAGUCUGUCCAGGGUCAUGCUGCCCAACAAUCAGUCCUAUGACUUUCAGACAAUGCUGGUCGGCAUCGACAAGAGGACGACGGUCAGGGAUCUGCUGGAGUCCACCUGCAACAAGCGACAGCUGAACCCGCGCGACCACUACGUCCGCAUCAAGCCGCUCGGCGCUCCCGACAACAAGUUCCUCAUUCCUGACAGGCAUGCUUGUAUCAAGUCAUUGCGGUAUGAUGCUAUAGAGGUUUGCCAGAAGUGUAUAUUCCAACUUGAGUUGACGAAGCCCUCCAAGGAUGGAGUGUUUGGCUUUGCAGUGGAGGCGGAACUUGCCGAAGACUUUGAUCGUGAUGAUGAACUGCGAGUGUAUGUGUGUGAUGUCACGGGGGGCUGUGUGGCAGAGAAGAGGGGGCUUAUAAUUGGAGAUGAGCUGCUUGUGAUUAAUGGCAAGAUUGUGUCUGAGCUUGAUAUGGUGUAUAUAGAAAUGUUGCUUCAUGAAUCAAGGACUCUGUUUCUGACGGUGCGCUCUCUGCGGACGAAGCCACCACACAGUGACUUUAUAACGGAGCAUGCAAACACAUACAUAGACAACAUGGUGAUUCCACCGCCACCCAGCCAGCCAAGGAUCACAGACAAAGUUAUUGGGAAUCUUAUUGUGCCAGCACCUGCAAGAUCACAGAAUGCCAAUGGAAAGCUGCGGAGUGGUAAGGCCCACGAAGGCACCGACCAGAUUGAUGCUCUGUUAAGGGGAGCGGAACAAGUGACCGCCAUCUGCCGCAACUCCGAACCGUCUCUGAGGUCACACUCACCCGACAGCACUGGGUCAGCUCGACCUAUGAGCGAUGCUCAGCGGAUGAGGAAGGUCAUCAUGGAGCUGAUCGAGACAGAGCGGGCGUAUGUCAAGGACUUAAACUGCCUCACAGAGCGCUACCUCGAACCACUGAAGGAAGAGACGUUCCUGACCUCUGACGAGAUCGACCAGUUGUUCGGGAACAUCCAGGAGAUCGUCCUGUUCCAGGGUCAGUUCCUCCACAGCCUGGAGGAGGCCAUCGACCAGGAGAAGGACUUCUUCAACACCAGCGACUCGGCACAGUUCAAGGAUACCUGUUUGGCUCGUGUGUUAUUUUCCCUCGGUGGGUCGUUCCUGUACUAUGCCAAUCACUUCAAGGUGUAUAGCUCAUUUUGUGCCAGUCACUCGCGAUCUCAGAAAAUAUUCAACUUGGAUGCCAAUGAAGCUCUGAAGAACUUCCUGCGCGCACGCAACCCCAAGCAGCAACAUUCAGCCACCCUGGAGUCCUACCUGAUCAAGCCCAUCCAGCGCAUCCUCAAAUACCCUCUGCUGCUGCAGCAACUCUGCCACCUCACCUUGCCGGACACUGACGAACAUCACCAUCUCUCAGAGGCGCUGCGAGGGAUGGAAGCAGUAGCAGAACACAUCAAUGAAAUGCAGAAGAUCUAUGAGGAAUACGGAUCUGUUUUUGACGACUUGUCUAAGACCUUCAAGGAAGUUCACCCGUCGAAGAAGGUGAAGGUCGUUGGCGGGGUGGUGGACCUGAGUGUUGGCGAGCUGCAGAUGUAUGGGAUGGUGGAGUGGUGCAACAUGACCGACUAUCUUGGCAAGACAAAGAAGGCAUCAGACUUCGAGAACACCGUCUUUGUCUUCCGGACUGGCGUUGUGUUCCUGUGCCGGGAGAGACUCAAGAGAAGGAAGACAAGGUCCCUCCCUCCCAAGAUGUCACUUCUGGAGCAUCAUCAUCAGAUGGACAUGCUGGAGCGCUUCCGCACACUCAUCCCCACACAGGAAGUGCAGGUGCGUGUUGGGAAGGUCAGCGACAUCGACCGCCACUACUGGUGGGACCUCAUCCACUCCAGGUCCGACUCCGAGGGACGACCAGAGAGGCUGUACCAGUUCUGCAACAGUACGUCUGAGGCCAAGUCUGACUUCAUGAAGGUGAUCCGGCAGACAAUACGAGAAAGUGUCCGGAGCAUGACCGUGCCCACUAAGCCAAUCCAGCUCAAACCACGCAGUUUGAGCCCGUGUUCUGCCGAAAAACUCGACCCGCUUCCGUUGUUGAACAAAAAAAGAGGUCAGGAUCCUGAAAGACACUCCAUGGAUUUUGACGAAAAAAUUAGUGCACUAGAAUAUGAAGCAGCUUUCAGAAUACGCAGCAAAACUAUAGGCGAUAUAAAUCAAGCGAGUAUGGACGACAACGCUGCUUACACUACUGUAUCUGAGCCGCAGAUAGCUCAAAAUAAGAGUCCAACUUCUUCCAACUCUAAUCUAAGUAGUUCUAGUCAGAGUGGGUCGGCUAAGUUGCUGUAUGCCAGCGCGAAUCCCCUGAACUAUUCCUCAGGCUCUGUUAAUUCUAUUGGGUCACCGGUGUGGAAGCCUCGGUCUGAAAGUAGGCAGGGCACACAGAGUCCUCAAAAUCAGAGCCCCAAACGCCCAGGCAUAUCUCAAGAUGACAAUACUUCAAGAAAUAGUGCCAUCAGUGAUGCUAGCAACUCACCCAAGCGUAAUAACACAAGCAGUGAUUCGCCUAAGCGUAGAGAUCAAAAGACUGUGGUGUUUGCAGCACCGUAUGGAGUCCAGCCAUAUAAAGAUACAGAAUGUUAGUUCUAGAUGUAGGUAGGAAUACAAAGGUAAAAUGGCCGCCACUGGUGGCAGACAGCCUGCUGGUGGACGAAUUGCUGACGAUUUGCUUACCGUUUCAGAUGAGAGAUGUGAGCAGAUAAGCGAGGCAGAGCUCGCCCCCUCUUCUGAACAGGGGGCGACAGGCUCUAGCCCGCCGGGUGAGAUAAUAACAUAUCUCUGAUGGUUGUGGGGCUUGGUUUGCAAAGCAUGUGGUAUAUGGUUGUGAGGCGGGCACUCCCAGGAUGUGGGAGGAUGGCUCCAGGGGACAGCUUCUAGAGGUGAUGAGAGGGAAAAAUGGUGAUGUUCGGGCAGUGUGUGCCUUGGAGGAUGAUUCGAAGCAUUUGAGAUUUGAGAAACAAUGUGUCCUUUUGGGAUGCAUGGUAAAUGCUUGAUGCUCAGAGGGUGUACCCAUGGCUAGGAGUAAGACUGAUGGAGAUGUGACUAUAAACAUGAUUAAAAAAUGUUAUCUCCAUCAGUCAGUGCUAAGAUGGACAAUGCAUUUAUUAGGU